AUGCUGUCGCUCGCCGCCUCCUCGUCGGCCUUCCUCGUCUCCCCCUCGCUCCCCUCCUCCAGCCCUGCCAGACUCACCACGUCUGCUCGCCCCUCCCUCCGUCUUGCUGGUCCUCGCAUGCAGGCAGGAGAGGCAGAGGCGCCGAAGGUGAUCGGGGCGGAUGCCGAGGCGCUUUCACAAGGGUUCCAACACCCUCCUGCGGUCCUCAUGGACGGAGACAUCAGGAAGAUCCUUCCCCACAGGUAUCCCUUCCUCCUCGUCGACAAGGUCUUGAAGCUGGUUCCCGGCGAAAUGGCUGUCGGGGUCAAAUGCAUCACCGCCAACGAGCCUCAGUUCACCGGCCACUUCCCUGACCGCCCCAUCAUGCCUGGCGUCAUGCAGAUCGAGGCCAUGGCCCAGCUCGGCGGCAUCGUUGCCCUUCAGCCUCCUCUCGCUGAGCCAGGACAAGACUUUCUUUUCGGCGGCGUUGACAACGUCAAGUGGAGGAAGCCGCUCGUUCCCGGCGACGUGCUCGUGAUGGAGAUGCAUGUGACCAACUACAAGAAGAAGUUCGGGAUUUGCAAGAUGAGCGGCAAGGGAUACGUUGAUGGCAAGGUUGCUGUUGAGGUAGCAGCGAGUGCUGGAUGA